CCUGUCAAAGAUGGUUCGAGAAACCGGUUUCUACGAUCUGCUCGGCGUCAGUCCCAAAGCCUCGCUGGACGAGAUCAAGAAGGCAUAUCGGAAACUGGCGCUGAAAUAUCACCCGGACAAAAACCCGAACGAGGGCGAGAAAUUUAAACUAAUAUCACAAGCCUAUGAGGUCCUUUCCGAUCCCAAAAAGAGGGAUUUGUAUGACCAAGGAGGUGAACAAGCCAUAAAGGAGGGAGGCAUGGCAGGAGGAGAAUCUCCAAUGGACAUUUUCAACAUGUUCUUCGGUGGCGGAGGCAGAAUGCAGAGAGAAAGAAGAGGUAAGAAUGUGGUUCACCAGCUGGGAGUCACACUGGAGGAAUUAUACAAUGGCUCAACAAGAAAACUUGGCCUUCAGAAGAACGUGAUCUGUGAGAAAUGCGAAGGUUAUGGAGGCAAAAAAGGCACCAUUGAAAAAUGCUCAAGUUGCAAAGGAAAAGGGGUUCAGGUCCAGGUGCAACAGAUUGGACCGGGAAUGAUCCAGCAGAUCCAGAGCAUGUGCUCCGACUGCCAAGGACAGGGAGAGAGGUUCAACUCCAAAGACCGCUGCAAGAACUGCAAUGGACACAAAGUAGAGCGCAAGAAGAAGAUUCUUGAAGUCCAUAUCGACAAAGGUAUGAAGGACGGCCAGAAGAUCACAUUCAGUGGAGAAGGAGAUCAAGAGCCUGGACUGGAGCCUGGUGAUGUUAUAAUCGUACUGGACUUGAAAGAUCACCCCGUCUUCCAAAGACAAGAUGACAACCUGAUGAUGAAGAUGAAGAUCAAGCUGGUGGAGGCGCUCUGUGGGUUCAAAAAAACGAUCUGCACGCUAGAUAACCGAUUGUUGCUCAUCAGCUCACCUCCAGGUCAAGUAAUAAAACCUAAUGAUCUCAAAUGUAUUCAUAAUGAGGGCAUGCCUGUGUACAGAGACCCUUAUGAGAAAGGGCUUCUCAUCAUAAAGUUUGAGAUCGAGUUCCCAGAUAAACACUGGCUACCUGAACACAUGCUGCCUGACCUGGAGAGGCUACUUCCUGUCAGAGAACAUAUCAUGAUGUCAGAUGAUAUGGAGGAGGUGGACCUGUGUGAAGUAGACUAUGAAAGACAGGAGAGAAACCGCAGCAGUGAAGCCUAUGAUGAAGAUGAAGGGCCCAGGCAUGGUGGCGUCCAGUGCCAGACUCAGUAAAUGUCAUGUAGAAGAAACACUGGAGCAGUCCUCGUGUAGCUGCACAUGUACACUCAAUAUUAGGCUGGUUUAAUGUAGUUCUUGUGGAGCUAUACGUACAGCAAGAAUUUCCUCACCAAGCCUUACAAAACGGACCACUUUCUUUCAUUGCAAUUGUUCUUUCUGAAGUGUCUGAGGAGGAACCAGGAGUGUUUGGCAA